AUGCUCGAUGCUCCAAUCCUCCAUAUAUCUUCUGACGACGAGUUUCUGAUUGGCGAAGAGAUGUCGCAACGGAGAAUAACGGUCGGUCGAGAACCUCCGAAAAUCGCUUACUUUCGAAAUUUCGCUUCGCAAAAUAUACAGCGCGGAAAGUCACACAAAAAACCAACAAUGGUGUGGCAGAAGGUGCUUGGGCUUGCCGCCCUUUUGGCUGGUUCCUUCGACCAUGUUAGUGGACAAGAGUUUUAUUCCCCUGGUCACUUUGACAUUGUGGAAAAGUUCAGCAAUCUAGAUGAUUUUAAUAACGAAAAGGUGGCAUUUGGCGAUGUUAACCUUGCGAAUGCUCCCAUGUUCCGAGGUGCUCCUCAUAUGCCGGGACAAGGUGGAUGGCCUACCAUUCGUUAUUACAAUGAAGAAACUGGACCUGAUGGAGGAGCGUACACCAAGGUCACACAAGAGGCCAUGUGUACUGAACUUGGAGAUCGCAUGCGUAUGAUUGACUAUGUCGAAUCCUAUGGCGACACUGUGCUGUGUGGCCUGGAUGGUACCAAUUGCAAUGAGCAAGAACUAAAGUACUUGGAGAAGUACAAGGAGAAGGAUAAAGCCGACCUUAAGGCCCAGCUCCAACGUGUCGAAGAAAUGUUGGAAAAACCAAUGAAAGACACCUUGCGUCUAUGGGCAUACCGUAGAAUGCGUAUCCUGAAACACCUGCUCUCAGCAGGAGUUUUCGACUCACCUGAACUUUAG